GUGAAGUCCGUCGAGUUGUGGUGCUAGAAAGAAGUCGGUCGCUCGCUUUCUUGGUGCAGCUUGGACUCGCAAUCGUGAAGAGGUGUUGAUCUUGAUCAGCAUUCGUUUUCUACCGGAUUAAUGAAUGUUGAACGCAGGGCUCCCAUUCUUGAAACCUUUUGCUACCCCAUUGAUUUUGCUGACCACCCAAUUUUUCGCAAAAACACGCCCACCCUUGAUAGAUACAUUUAUCUUUGCCCCCCACUCUAUCUAGCGAUCAUUCCUGCGCACAUCUAAAUCAUUCUCGAUUUUUGAAGUUGUUUUGAUGCUAAGAAGCUACAGCGUUCUCUUGCUCGUAGUAAGUACGUACUACCCUCUUUAUCCAUUUUUUUCAUCAUCUCUUUUUUACAUUACAGCACUCACCUCCAUACCCGUCAUCACCCUCCCAUGUUGCGUUAACAGCACGUGACGAAAGUUAUAAUCCUCACGGCAUCAAAAUGGAGAAAGUAAAGGUGGUGGUGCGAUGUCGGCCGGAGUCCGACGAGGAGGUCAACAAACGGUACGGGGUCGCGGUCAGGUUCGACGAUGCGUACCAGAUUGGGAUCACGGACCACACGUUCCGCUUCGACAAGGUGUACGACAUGAACUGCAAACAGAACGAGCUCUACGACGACAACGUGCAAAACAUCAUCGACGGCGCGCUCACCGGGUACAACGGAACCGUCUUCGCCUACGGGCAAACGGGCUCGGGGAAAACGCACACAAUGAGCGGCACGCUCGCGCAGCCGGGCGUAAUUCCAAGGUCCUUUGCUCACAUCUUCGCGCGGAUUCAGGCCGACAACGAGGAAAGGUCGUUCGCGGUGCGCGUGUCCUUCGUGGAAAUCUACAUGGAGGUAUGAAUUCUUUGUACUCUGUUCAGGUUGUUGAUGAAUGAGGAUGAGGUGAUAUUAGAGGUUGGCUUCUCGUCUUCCAGAACUACUAGCAUCUUCUUUCGAGAAGUAUUCUUGCUUGUACAAUGGAGCGAAAUCUUUCGCAAGCUCGAUUGAAAUCCUCGAACCGAUGUCAAACCACAGGGCAUCCGCGACCUGCUCUCCCCUCUUUCCGGGACCGCGCAAAAUUCGAAUCUGCAACUCCGCGAAUCGUUAGAGCACGGCGUGUACGUGGAGGGGCUGUCCUUUUUUAUCUGCAGAAGAGAAGAGGACAUGCAUCACCGUUUGAACCAGGGGAACGCGAAGCGCACGACCGCCUCCACCGCGAUGAACCUGACCUCCUCCCGCUCCCACGCCAUUUUCUCCGUGUACCUCGAAGCGACCCAGCAGGUCAAGGGCAACAGCGAAGUGACGCGGUCCACCCGCGGAAAGCUGCACCUGGUGGACCUCGCGGGGUCGGAACGCCAGAGCAAGUCCGAGGCCCAGGGCCUCACCCUGAAGGAGGCCGCGAAGAUUAAUUUGUCGCUGCUCACGCUGGGCUCGGUCAUCUCCGCCCUGGCCUCGACGCCCCGGCCGAACCACAUUCCCUACCGAGACAGUAAGUUGACGCGGUUGCUGGAGGAUUCGCUGGGUGGAAACGCAAAGACCGUGAUGAUCGCCACCGUCGGCCCCUCCAACUACAACAUCGACGAGACGGUGCAAACGCUCCGGUACGCCAACCGGGUGAAAUCCAUUGUAAACAAGCCCACGGUGAACGCGGACGUGAAGGACAGACUGAUCAACGAGCUGCAGCGCGAACUCGACCAGGUGCGCGCGCAGGCGGUGCUGCCCCCGGACUUGGAGCAGCUCCCGCUCGUCAAGAUGCUCCGGUCCGAUUUGUCGAAGAUGAAGGCACUGCUGAAGUCCGCGGAGCGGGCGGCCAUCGAGGCGGAGAUCAAAUCCGAAAAGCUGGAGAGAGAAAAGCUGGAACUGCAAAAACAGUUCGAGGCCUUGGCCGCGGAGAAUCGCAGUUAUGAAUCAGAAGUAUUGAACUCCGUGGAACAGUUGAAGGUGCUUGAAACAGCAACCGGCGUCGCGGUGAACAUUUCCGGCGCUGGAGGAAAAACAACUUCAAGAGCCGCGGCAACUUCGACGACGGGGGUAGGCACGUCGGGACCAACGACCACAGAAACCGGUACUACGGGACCACCUUCCAAAAUGAAUACAGAUGCAGCGACCGGCACAGCACAACAAGGUGGCUCACCGCUGGACCAGAGCCAAAGUAAUCUGAACCCAAAUCAAUUUGCGCUGGUUCCGUAUGAUGAGGAGAAGGCGAACAGGAUCACGAGGGAGAAGGAGUUAAUGCAAAAAGACGCGGAUGCUUUACGGGAGGAAAACGAGGAGCUGAUGAAGGCCCUCGCCACGGUGGUCACAGACCAGGAGGAGCUGAUGGACCUACGGGACAAAGAGCAGUAUUUAUUGCGCCAGGAGGCGGAACUGAUCGUGGACAAACACGACCUGUUGCAGUUGAAGGACAACCUCGCGCACUCCGAAAAGAUGAACGCGGAGUUGCUCGUGAAGCAAGAGGAGCUGUUGGAACUGGUCGAGCGACUCUCCUAUCAAAUGCAAAUAUGUCUGGGUCUGGAAGAGUGCCAGACUUGUCAUGCAGGUUUUCCAUGACCCAUGAGCUCUGGUAUGUAGGACAUAGCAUGACAGACUCUGUGAGCGUUCUAUCAUGCGUACUCUGCAUGAGAAACUGCCUCUCGAUUAGGUCAAAAGUGGGCAGCUUUUGGUAAUCACGCAACACAGAUUUUUGCACUAUCCAGAAUUAGCAUGACAAGUUACAUCCUUCCAGACCCAGACAUAUUUGCAAUGCAUAUCUCCAAACGCGAGGAAAUCGCGGAGGAGUCGUGGCGCGCGGUGUCCGAGUUGCGCGCGCGGGAUAUCAAAUGUAAAAAUGUCUGGGUCUGGAAACGUGUGAUGCUGGGUGGCGUCUCAUGAUGAGGCUACAGAUGCUGGCUCAGCAUGACAAGUUUCUGAGCUUCUAGGUGUUGCCUAUUCUGCAUGACAAUCUGCGCUUCUGCAUCACAGAAAAACGGAGCUCUUGCGUAACGUGCAUGACAGAUUUAAGAGUCAUGCCAGACAAGCAUGACAAACAUACACUCUUCCAGACCCAGACACCUUUACACUUGAUACGGGACACGCACGAGCAACUGUCCCAACAAAACCGGGCGACUAACCAGCAUUACCUCGCCACGGCCAGCCAGUUCGGGGCAAACAACUACAACAUGAACACCGCCGCGCCCCCCGGCGGCGCGGACGAACUGUACCGGUACCCGGAAACCGCGACGGGCGGCAACCAGUACCGCAGUUUUCAAUCCCCGGGCGUGGAUCUGAACACCGGGGGGGUGAACAGCUUUUCCUUAACGCCGAACACGCAACAGCAAGUGUCCUUCCGACACGCAGACACCAUGUUGCGUGCGACAGAGAACAAUAAUUUCGAUAAUAGUGGUGCUGCUGGUGGUGGCGGUGGCCAAUCUAGUGCUGCACAAGCACAGUAUGGAGGUCAACAAGAACAGAACAGCAAUCUCUUUCCUCAGCCGAGUUCAACAACUGCCUCGAAUAGUACCGGGCAAGUCCAAGUGAACUUGGAUAUUUUGGAGCUGGUCCCCACCAGCUCCGUCUACCCCAUUCCCCUCCCCGAGGCGUUGCGCUGCGCGGAGCUGCUGUCCGCGAUAGCCCUGCAGCAACAUCAGUACGCGGUGGACCAGCAACAGUCGGCGACCCGGGCGUUCGGCGGCACGUCCUCCGCUUCUCUCUCCGCCAAGGAGAUCGCGAAAACGGCACAGGAAACGCUCCGGGACGCGGAAAAGUUGGAGUUCAAGUUGCGGGGCUCCACGAACUUGGUGGGCCGGGCCGCGGCGGUGAUCGGGUGGCGCAAGAAGCCGGUAUGGGGUUCUCAAACGUUCUUACAUUCUCAACUGUUACAUGAAUUUGUCAUGCAAGAAUGGCAAAAGUCAAAGCAGGGAGGUUGCACCUGUAGCAUUACAAAUUUCGCACAGAUUUAGGCGCUGUUUAGCCUUUCAAAAAUUUGUCAUGCGAAGUAGCUUCACCUUGUGGAUGUUGAUGGUCGUUUUGCAUGACAAAUCAUGUAACAGUUGAGAGUGUAACGCUUGAGAGUCCCAUAGCCGGUGGACCAGAAGUCAGGGGACGUGCCGAAGGAGACCAUGCUGCAGCUGAUUCAGGUGCUGGACCGCGUGUUGAAGAUGCGGAUCCAGUUCUUGUUCGAUACGGACUUGAACAGCUCCAACCAGCCGGCCGGCUACCAAAAUCCUAUCAUCGUGAACGACCGACAGACGUGCAAAAAGGUCUUCUCCUGCGCGGAAAUUCUCGGCGUCACGGUGAAGCGGUCGGGCUCGUUCUCAGCGGGGGGAAGUGGUCCGCAAUCGACCACCUUCCCGAAGGACAACCACCGGUUUUCUGAGGAACGGGGGCAGCCGAACGUGCGGCCCGGCGGGGCGAUUGGCUCGCCCUCGUCGGCAUCAAGCUCGGGAGUGACCAGCACCACCGCAGCAACGAUGCUCCCACAAGUGCAUGGAGCGACGCCUAGGUGA